AAAGAAUUUUGCAAACCUAAGGGAAAGAUUUCACUUGCAUUGUAUUUUCAUUAAUGCGCUUAAAACAACUUUUGAAAUUGGCCUAGGGACUAUACGUAAAAAAAAAAAAAAGUUCCAGGCCCCAGUCCUCUAUUCAGCUCCGCCCUGCUCCUUUUAAGUGAGCUCAGAGUCACCCCUAGGCUUGGCAGUUUCCCGCUGCGGGGCCGCGGGGCCAGGGGGCUGCAGAUCUCCCCUUGUGUGAGAGAAACGCAAGCACGGAGCUCCCUUGCCCUGCUGCAUCCUCCUUGGAAUUUUUUUUUUUUAAGUCAAAAAGCUUGGAUUUCCUGAGAUUGUUGAACUAGAUGAAAUUGUUGAACUAGAUGCGCGGGAAGUCUGGGGCGGAGGCGAGCGGCGAGUGUGCGCGGCUUGGGGUGAUGCACGCAGGGGAUCCCAAGGAGAUUUCUCCACACUAAUGAUCUGUAGGUAUGCAUGUAUCUGUUUUCUUGUGACUAUUCCUCUCGUACAAGAGUCAAAGGUUGGAGCCCUAGUGGAAUUCAUUUGCAUUUUCCACUAAGUGGAGCAUCCUCCUCUACCCACGGCCCCAGCAGGCAGGGCUGUGCCCCAUCUCCAUGCCCUGGCUGUGGCAGCUGUGAGAAGAAACUGAGAUGACACAUCCUUUUUCUCCAAGAAACACACCAUGGAAGUUUUUGAAGAAACCCAUGUGAGAAGAGGCAAUUUGGACAUAAAGAGAAACAUCAAGGGCAUGAGUACACAGAGAAAAGAUCAUGUGAGGGCAUGGCUACGAGGCAACCAUCUGUAAAUCAAGGAGAGAAACCUCAAAAGAAAUCAAUCCUGUUGACACUUUGAUCUUGGACUUCUAGCCUCCAGAACUGUAAGAAAAUAAAUUAAUUUCUGUUGUGUAAGCCAUGCAGGGUGUUUUGUUUUGCUUUGUUUUGUAGUAGUUUGAACAGGCUAAUACAGGGGUAUUAGUAAUGGAGGCCAUAAAAGAAACCAUAGGUAGCAUUUAUCAAGCACUUACUGUGUUCAAGGAGUAUUCUAAACCCUACUUGAGUCAUCUCAUCCAAUUGCUUGCAAAUCCUAAAUUACCUGCUCAAUGCCCUACAGGAAGUGAUGACACCAGCCUGAUUCAGGUGCCUUUUCUCUCAACCUCCACUGCACCUGUGUCUAGCACCUGUACAGUUCCAGGAACCAUGCAAAGUACUUCAUAGAAAAUCUUUCUAGUCAUUACAACUCUCCAAGGUAACUCUUCUAUUCCCAUUUUUCAGAUGUAGAAGCUGCGGCUCAGAGGUGUCCAUGGUCACACAGGAAAAAGGAAUCUCCUGGCAGGCACAACAGUGAGCCAGGCGUGAGGCUGGGAGGCUUCCAGCUGGGGCUGGGUCCCUCACCUGACAGCUUUCUAGCUUUGGCCAAGUCAGGCACCUGCUCAGGCCUCAGUUUCCUAAUUUGUGACAGACUGUCUGCUCCACCUGCCUUACAGGACUGAGGUGUUGGCUACCUUUGUGGUUUUAAGAAAACCUGAGAGCGUGAAGGUAGCCCCAGGAGAAGCCCUUUCCGAGGGCAUUCGGAACCUUCCCAUCCUAGAGGUGAAGCUGAACUGCCACCAGGACUUAUGACCCGUGGCUUCGCUCCCAUUCUGCCCAUCGAGUUCCACAAGAUGGGCUCCUUCCGCAGGCCUAGACCGCGCUUCAUGAGCUCCCCCGUGCUCAGCGACCUUCCCCGAUUCCAAGCAACUCGGCAGACUCUGCAGCUGAGCUCCAGCUCAGCCUGGAACAGCGUUCAGACUGCUGUGAUCAACGUUUUCAAAGGGGGUGGCUUGCAAAGCAACGAGCUCUAUGCCCUGAACGAAAACAUCAGGCGGCUGUUGAAGAGUGAACUUGGAUCAUUCAUUACAGACUAUUUUCAGAACCAGCUUCUUGCAAAAGGACUGUUCUUUGUGGAGGAGAAGAUCAAGCUGUGUGAAGGUGAAAAUCGCAUUGAGGUUCUGGCUGAAGUCUGGGACCACUUCUUCACUGAGACUCUCCCUACCCUGCAAGCAAUAUUUUAUCCAGUUCAGGGCCAGGAGCUGACGAUCCGCCAGAUCUCCCUGCUGGGCUUCCGAGACCUGGUCCUGCUGAAGGUGAAGCUGGGUGACCUGCUGCUGCUGGCCCAGUCGAAGCUGCCCUCAUCCAUUGUCCAGAUGUUGCUCAUCCUGCAGAGUGUUCAUGAGCCCACAGGCCCAAGUGAGAGUUAUUUGCAACUGGAGGAGCUGGUGAAGCAAGUGGUUUCUCCUUUCCUUGGCAUCAGCGAUGACCGCAGCUUCUCAGGCUCUACGUACACGCUGGCCAGGCGGCACUCCAGGGUCCGGCCCAAGGUGACUGUCCUGAACUAUGCCUCCCCGAUAACUGCAGUCAGCCGGCCACUGAAUGAGAUGGCCUUGACCCCACUGACGGAGCAGGAGGGGGAAGCCUACCUGGAAAAGUGUGGCAGUGUGCGGCGGCACACGGUGGCCAAUGCCCACUCGGACAUCCAGCUGCUGGCCAUGGCCACCAUGAUGCACUCGGGCCUGGGGGAGGAGGCCAGCAGUGAGGACAAGUGCCUGCUCCUGCCACCCAGCUUCCCUCCACCCCACCGGCAGUGCUCCAGCGAGCCCAACAUCACCGACAGCCCUGAUGGACUGGAGGAGGGGGCCGGGGACAGCCAGGAGGGCUCGGAGCUGAACUGCGCUUCCCUCAGCUGAGUUGCCACCCUGAAGCCUUUCCACCUGUUUUGCAGCCAGAAUGAGGACACCUCCAUCUUCAUGGAUUAGCGAGGGGCUCUUGCUUUAUGUGAUGCUGCCUUAUUUCUUUUAGGGUACAGUCCUGGUCAAAAUGCCCUAAGGGGACACCGUUGUUGUCAGCCUCUUUAUUUUGGUGACUGUGAACACUUCUUUGUGGUCAAUUGAAAGUGACUAACUGCCUAAUGGUCACUUUCUGACUCCAACCUUGCCAGCCUGACUCAGAUCCUCAUCUCUAGGCCUUUCCCCCGCAAAGACUGGACUGCCUGAUGCUCCCAAUGGCAUAUCCAAUGUCCUGACAUUUCUGGAGCAGGAGGUUGUCAGGACCACACAUACAACCAAGGAUAUGUUGGCCUUUGAAGUUCCCCUUUAGGUUCCUUGCGAUGAGAUUUAUGGAUGGAAAAUGAGUGGAGAGGAUCUCCUCUCCCCCGUUUUGUGUAGAGUGAAAACAGCCUGCAGCCCUUUACCCAGCGUGGUCUGGGAAUGUGCCUUCCUUAUUUUAGUUUCAGAAUUGCUGGGAAACGGUUACGCCUCUGGUGGGUGAGGAGCUAUCCUCACCUACAUCCUGAUCCUAUGUGCUGCCUGCACAGAGGCCUUUGGCUUUUGGCCCACGAAGGCUGCGAGGCUGAAGCUGCCCUGUCUUUCACUGAGCCUCAGCAUUUCCCUCUCAGGCUUCCCCUCAAGCUGAAGAAACUCACCCCCAGAUAAGUAGCUGGUGCCUCUUGUCUCUCUCAUUUCAGAAACAGACUUUCUCACCAUGCUUUCCUACGGUGGGUGUGAGGGGCCAACUAAUACCAACCAACUAGCCUCUGCCUGGAUUUGACUUGAAUUUUUUAAAUGUGUAUCAUUUCAAAAAAAAAAAAAGUUUGCAAAUUUUGCACGUAGGAUCUUGCACUGUUCAUUUCCAAUGGAGUGAGUCUUCACACUAAAACAAGCAGAGCUCCUGGGAAAGGAGACUGGAAGUGGUUCAGGAUAAAGAUCCGUGGGAGGCAGGGCUCUUAUGUCACAGAGCUCUGGAAGCAGCUGGACUUGAAUCUGCAAUGGCCUGUGUAAAUUUAUAAAUUUCAUGGUUUCUAGGAAAAGCUGCAUUGGGAUGGGGAGACCCAGUUUGCCUCAUGGGCAGAGGAUUUUUCCAGGAAGCAUGGAAAAUGGAAUGGAUUUUUCUAGGAAGCAUGGAAAAUGGAAUGGAUUUUUCCAGGAAGCAUGGAGAGGGGAUAUGUGGGCAGGACCUUUUGGAGGGAUGGGAUGUUUAUUCCCUGUGGUAAAAGAAAGGUCUGGAAUUUCUAGCACGUGAAGCACUUGGGGGAAGCAGGCCCUGGCACUGUGCCGCAUCCUUCCACUGCUCCUUCCAGCUCUGGGAGCUUUUAUCCACCUUGCAUCCCUAGCCUCCUCUUUGUAGUUGUCCAUCUUACUGAUAACAGCUCCAGGAAAAAAGACAAGGCUCCCCCUCUGACCCUUCCUACUAGUGUUUAGGAAAUCUCAAAGAGAUGAGCUACCUUGGCUUCCAAUACGGCAAGCGGGUGCUGGGAGGAGGUGAAGAUCAGUCUAAGCUGCCAUGGUGAUGACAACUUCUAAGCUUACCUAACUCUUGAUGGCAUUUCCCUUCUGGGUGAAGAUUUGAAAUAUGAUCAGAAUUGUGCUCUUGAUGACUUGGAAUUUAGAAAUUUUAAGAGUUAUUUCAUUUUCAUCCUAAGAGCGAUGGGAGAGAAAUGUCCAAAGGUGAUCUGCUGAUCUGCUAAGAAUUUCAAACAAAAAAUAAUCUCUCUAUAUGUGUUGGAUAAAGUCUACAAAUUGGCUAACAUGCAUUAGCAAAUGGAACAUCAGUAGGUAGCAACAUGAUGAUUUAUGUAACUGAUGGCUUCUGUCCUGAUAAGUACAUUUAACAUUUGAGACUAGUAUUUAUUGAUCCAGGCAAAGUAAUUAAUGAUGCUUGGGUUUACUUUUUCAGUUUAUAAGGUUAAUCAUAGGUAUAUGUGUGUGUGUGUGUGUGUGUGUGUGUGUGUGUGUGUGUGUGUGUGUAUAAAUGCCUUUUCCAUAUCUUAAAUGUCCCUGAUGAGGAGUGGAGUCAUCAAUUAAAUACAUAAGCUCUUAAAAUGAGAAUGGGACUAUCAGUAUAGACCCAGUGUACUUAAUUGCUGAUGAUGGUUAGCCAGUUUACAACUUUAUCAUUGAUAUACACAUUCAAUAUAUGUGCAGUAAAUAGACUGUACCUAUAAAAAUUGUAUUGAUGUUUAUGGGCAUGUUAGCUAUCAGAGAGCUACUGGAAGAGUGAUAGCCAAAGUGUUUUUAACCACUUUUUCUUUCCUAGAUUCAUUUUCAUUAUUUAUGCUAGGAUUUUCCUAUUGUUGACGUUUAAUGACAGGAAGCAAUCAUGACUCUUAACUCCGAGUGAGCUCACAGAAACCUUUCAUAUGGUCUGUUUCCAAAAUGGAUUCAAUAAACAACAUUUUGUCCAUGGUACCCUCUUCUCA